CGCUAUCACAAUCAUACUCUGCAUUACAUUGGGAUUCGAAUAUCAAUUACACGAACCGGAUAGGAACUUAUUCUCGGUUCUGGACACAACUUUCAUUAGUUCGAGAAAGAAACAAAAGCGUUGUUCAGUUGUAAGAGAUACAUAAUUACAUCGACAUGGCGAAGGAGGAAGCUGCCGACGACGGCAACGGCAACCACGCCCGAUCUGGCUCUUGCGUCGAAGAUAUUCUUGCCGAGCUCAUGACUGCAUUAGCUACAGGUGCACGCGCUGUUCAGGGCUUACCACUCGGAGACGAUUUCGAUUACCAAUCUUCGUUUCCCGAGUUCCGGCAAUUGCUAGAUGAUUCACAAGAAUCUCUCUUGGAAGCAUUGCUGAUGUCUUUGGACGACGCGUCCUCGUGUCUGAGCUUGGAUAAGAAUGGCAAUCACUACCACAUAGAUUUCGAGAACCUCGACGAUCCGUUGCUUUGGGAAACGUGCACGGAUCUUUGUGAUGCCCUGUUGGAGCAGGCAGAACUUUCGACCGCCUCGAACGAGUCUGCAUCCAAGGAACAGGGUCUCGCUAGAGGAUUGGAAACGGCGAGGAAUCGUGCCCAAAGCUCAUUUGGAAGACUUCUCGAAGGAAUUGUAGACAUGGAAAAACCUCAGGUCGUGAACAAAUUUGGCCCUUUUAGUCCAAAUCUUAACAGCAACGACGAUGAAUAUACUAUGGGCAUUGAUAACGAUAACGAUAUUCCGACUGGCAACAGCAACGGACGCACCGACAUAUUUGUGCCACCCUUUUUAGCAAAGAAACACUUUUUCAAGAAGCCGUUGUUGGCAUUGGACGAUCCCGAAUGGCGACGACCGGGACACGGGGUGGAAACGAAACUCGGUGAAAUGAAGCCAGUACGAGUGUCACCGAAUGUCAUUGCUCCGUCUCAUCAUUAUCAGCAUCCAUAUUUGGAAGAAUUGAAAUCCAUAGAUUAUCCCGAAUGGCAAUUUGAGACAACGGCGGAAAGGCCGCAGAAAAUACUCAAGGACGAUGGUCCUCUUAGUGGAAACGCCACGAUGAUUGAUACACAAGAGGGACUAAAAGAGCUAAAGACACUUCUCGAAAGCGACGAAUUUCAACUUCGAGAAAUCGCAAUUGAUUUGGAAGCUCAUUCUUACCGAAGUUUCUCUGGUAUGAUUUGCUUGAUCCAAAUUAGUAUCAAGGGCGGAAGAGACUUCUUGAUCGAUCCUUUUCCCGUCUGGAAUCACAUUCAUAACACACUGGCACCAACUCUUGCCAAUCCUAACAUCGUCAAGGUAUUUCACGGAGCUGAUUCAGACAUUGCCUGGCUUCAACGGGAUUUUGGACUCUAUGUUGUAAAUUUGUUCGACACGGGACGUGCUGCCCGUGCCUUGAAAUUUCCUUCUGCGGGUUUCGCUUAUUUGUUGGAACACUACGUUGAGGGAGCCAAAGCCGACAAGUCGCACCAGUUGUCAGAUUGGAGGCAGCGCCCAUUGCCGUCGGCUAUGAAGGAGUACGCAAUCAUGGACACGCACUACUUGCUUGACAUUUACAACGCCAUGAAAUACGAUCUUCUUCAUGACAAAAAUACAUCCAUCGAAAAAGUAUUGGAAGAAUCUCGUAAGGUCUGUACCAUCCGAUACACUCCUGAAGUCUUCCGUCCAGAUGGAUAUCGUUCACUCACACAGCGCAGGGGGCAUAAGACACAACUAAAUUCUCGUCAGGACGAUGUACUGCGAGAGCUAUGGGAUUGGAGGGAUCAAUUGGCGCGGGAAAACGAUGAAUCGAAUACAUUUAUUUGUACAAAUACCCAGUUAAUGAGAGUUGCCAUGGCAUGUCCAGUCAACCUCUCAACCCUGCAAGGUUUGCUGCAGCCGAUGCCGCCUCUACUUCUACGAAAUUCAAAGGAAGUGUUGGGAAUCAUUCAGAACUGCUUGAAUUCCCACCAGCAGCAGCGAAAGCAAGAACACCCUUCGUCUUCUGCUUAUUUCAAACCCGCAAAUCCGGAAAACGACAACAUGGACGAAAACGAAACUCCUCGCCGUCCUUCUCCCCGAUCGCUUAUGAGCCCCGUCCUAGGAACUGAAGCUUUGUACCGCGAGGCCGGAUGGAUUUCACCGGCACAUGAAUUGGGGGAUAAAGAAGACGGGGAAGAUGGAAUCGUGGAAGACAUCGUCACAACGUCGGCCACUGAAAACGAAAGCGACGUCGACGGAGAGGAGUUGAAAGGAGAUCCACGAGGAGACGAAAAUUCUAAUAAAGAAAAGUCCAAGAGAAAGCCACGAAGAGGCUUAGUAGUUCACGAAGCUAACGAAAAAUUCCAGUCAAGACAAUUCACUCUACACAGUUUGCAGAUGGGUGGCAACGACGCAUCAACUGAUACCUCUACCUCUAAGAAAGCUCAAAAUACCAUCAAGACGAGGGAGGUAAUUGAUGGCUUCGGUUCCGCAAGGGUGACUCAUCUCACGCCAGAAGAUAUGGAAGAAGCGAUUGAGUUGGCCAAGAACAGCGCCGACCGGAUUCGAACAUCACAAGAAACCUGCGGAAUUUUAGGGUUGAUCUCAUCCAGUGCAGACCUCCGUGACGAUGAAGAUGAUAGCACAGAUUUGGCCGGAAACGAUGACAAUCAAGUUGGAGAGAGAGGGAAGCCGACCGAACAGGAAGAAUUUGUCAUCCCAAGAUCAAUGCGAGAAAUUUAUCGUAUUUCCAAUCGUAAUCGACGAAACAAAAAAUCUUCCAGCCCUCUUCCCCAAGAACACGACGAGGAAGAGUUGAAAGAGCUCGAAAAGGCUGAGUCCAUCCUAAAAACUCGAUCUUCCGAAGGCAAGAAUUACAUUGAAAUGAUUCCGAGUAGUCCCAAAAGGCAAAGAACGAAGUCUUCAGGUGCUGCUUCUCUGUCAUCGUCUGAGGAUGCAAUAGGUCAAGACUCAGGAAGCUUAACAAGGGACGACGACAUCGCGCUAAUGCAAGAAGUGGGAUGGGUUGAGGGGAAGGAAGAGAUCGAUAGCAUGCUAAAGCAAAGGCGUGACGCUGAUGGAGAUUACGACGAAUCGAGCGAGGAUGGUGGGAAACAAGGAGAAACUCCAAAACCUUUUGAUUAUUCGAACGUGGGUGCUAUUGGUGCAUUCAACCCGACACCUUCAGCCAAUCCAUUCUUUUCUGGAGCGGCGUUGACUGGUGGUCAUCUCAGUCAGCAAGCAAGCAAGGCAGACAAAAAGAAAACGUCCACAAUUAUCAACAGAGGAGGGAAACAAGCUCGACGGCAAGCGGAGCGCCCUGAUAAACGAGGGGCUCGAUCACAAGCGUACAAGAAAGGAUAAACUAGAGAAUUAUAUCAUGGAUCGAAUCAACAAAUUAAUGCCUC